AGAAUUGAGCUCAAAGUCAUUUCUGUCGCGUCUUUUUUCCCCCUCAUACAAUUCCAAUCAGUUGAAUUCCCUUGCGUAGAGCUUUAGCAGGCGGGAAAGCUUCGUAGAUUGAAGAAUUCGCAACUCAUUUACUCGCAUUCAUUCGAGUUCAUCCACAUCCCAUAACUUUUUUCAAGAUGGUGACCAUCACCCACGCAGAGACUCGGGACGUCCGAUUCCCCACAUCCCUCGACAAAACCGGUUCUGAUGCUAUGAACGCGGCCGGUGACUACUCAUCCGCAUACUGCAUUCUGCACACAGACACAGACCUCAAAGGUCAUGGAAUGACCUUCACAAUUGGCCGUGGCAACGAGAUCGUGUGCUCCGCCAUUGCCCACCUUGUAGAUCGCAUCAAAGGCCACACACUCGAGUCCCUCGUCAGCAACUGGGGCAAGACCUGGAGACAUCUCGUCAACGACAGCCAGCUGCGAUGGAUAGGACCCGAAAAGGGCGUCAUCCACCUCGCCCUAGGCGCCGUCGUCAACGCCAUCUGGGACCUCUGGGCCAAGCAGCUCGGAAAGCCGGUCUGGAGGAUCGUCGCCGACAUGACGCCGCAGCAGAUCGUCGACCUCAUCGACUUCCGGUACAUCACGGACGCGCUGACGCAGGAGGAGGCGCUCGAGAUCCUGACCAAGGCCGAGGCCGGCAAGGCGGAGCGCAUACAGGAGGCGCUUGAGUCGCGCGCGGUCCCCGCGUACACGACGAGCGCGGGAUGGCUUGGCUACGGUCAGGAUAAGAUGCGGGGGUUGCUGCAGGAGACGCUGGCGAAGGGGUACCGACACUUUAAGCUUAAGGUUGGAAGUGAUGUCGCGGAGGACAGGACGAGGCUGGGCAUAGCGCGUGAGAUCAUUGGGUACGAUAAGGGGAAUGUGUUGAUGGUCGAUGCCAAUCAGGUCUGGAGUGUGCCUGAGGCGAUUGAGUACAUGAAGCAGCUUGCGGAGUUCAAGCCGUGGUUCAUUGAGGAACCUACGAGCCCCGAUGAUGUUUUGGGCCACAAAGCCAUUCGCGAGGCAUUGAAGCCAUACGGCAUUGGCGUUGCCACCGGCGAGAUGUGUCAGAACCGCGUCAUUUUCAAGCAGUUCCUCCAGUCCGGCGCCAUCGAUGUCUGCCAGAUCGAUGCAUGCCGACUUGGCGGAGUCAACGAGGUCAUUGCGGUGUUGCUUAUGGCCGCGAAGUUCGGCGUCCCCAUUGUUCCUCACUCCGGUGGUGUUGGUCUGCCAGAGUACACACAACAUCUCAGCACGAUCGACUAUGUCGUGGUCACAGGAAAGAAGUCGGUCUUGGAGUACGUUGAUCACCUACACGAGCACUUCCUCCACCCCAGUGAGAUCAAGGAUGGUUACUACGUUACCCCAACAAGUGCGGGUUACAGCGUGGAGAUGAAGGCAGAUAGCAUGGAUAGGUACAGCUACCCAGGAAAGGAAGGCGUCAGCUGGUGGAAGAGCGAAGAGGCACGACCCAUUCUUGAAGGCGAGAGGAUAUAAAAGACCUCGAUCAAAACCGUAAAAAUAAUGCAACAAUGACUUAGAUACUUCGCACGACGUCGUCGUCUCAAAAGGAUUUAGACGAG